AUGCGACCACGCAUCGCCGUGAUAUCGCAUGACUCGAUUGUUACAACCUUUGUUCAUAAUCCGGAACAAGGUGCUCGUGAUGCCGCCGCCAUUCUCGACUUGCGCAUCGAUUGGAAUCGACAUUUGGUGGAUUCGGACUCGAAAAUGACCGGUGAUAUACGCAACGCCGUUGAUAGCGGAAUAGAUGGACUCAUAGUCACUAUACCCAACGACGAUGUAUUCGAAGCGGUAGAAUACGCUCUGCGGAAGAAUGUUCCCGUCAUUGUGUUUAAUACCGGACUCGAAUAUGCGCAGAGACUCGGUCUAACACGAGUAUUGCAAGACGACGCCGAAGCGGGACAGAAACUCGCAUCGGAACUUGUGCGACGUGGAUAUAAUCGUCCGCUGGUAAUCCGACUGGCAACACUGGAUCAAAAGACAUUUGAAAGUCGCAUGAACGGCAUAAGAGCAGUGAUGCGUUCCGAACCUGACGUUCUGUCUUUACCUUUGUUCAACAACACUUUGCAGCCCAUUAUGCAGAUCAAACAGGCCGUCUCCAGUAAUAAUACGUACGACUCGGUUGUAUCUCUGGGUGGUUCGGUUGCCGCAGAUAUUACAUCGGGGGCCAUGUUGAAUCUUUUACAAUCGGAUAGCCAAAAACGUAUCGGUGUAGCGUUCUUUGAUCUUGGAGGAAUGAACACAACAGAAUUAUUUCAACGCCACAAGGAUACGAUCGCCGUCUCUCAAUUGCCUUACUAUCAAACUGCAUUACCGGUUUUCUAUAUGUAUCAGAGGAUUCUUACGGGUCAUAACAUCUAUCAAAAUGUGACGAUCAGCACGGGACCCCAUCUGAUCACACUUGAUAACCUUCAGUCAGCAAUUGAGAAUGAGCAAACCACUCUCAUUCCACUAAGCGAGCAAAAUGCGUACGUUGGCACGAUCAUUCACAACGCUCGCGGUGAUACAUACAAUGGUGCUUUGAUGGUGGGCGCUCAUGAUCUCGCCCGGAAACUUAAUUGGACUAUUUUAAAUAGUCUAGAGCCGGAGCCGGUUGCUCCAAGCAUGAAUUUGAAGAAUGAAAUGGCCACCUUUUCAAAGCAUGGUGUCAAUGCUAUCAUCCUUCAAUCCAGUGAUCCUUCGGUGCUUAACUAUGGAAGCAAUAUCAGCAAAAUGAAUGAGGUGCCUUUGGCAAAAAUAGGCGAUUUUUAUGAACCGCUAAAUAUCGGUAAAUCGUUAUCGUCGAAUGUGGCCCUGGAUCUGGCUGGGCUGGCCGACUCAAUGGCCUCUGCAGCGGCUACAGACCACGUCAAGUACCCUAUGUGCCUUUCGGAGCAUACACAUCACCAUGCAGGCACAUUCUGUGGAGCUUUCUACAAAAAGUUUAGCAAUCUUACAGGCAAAAGCUCGCCACCCAAGCACCAUGUGGUUCACUCGCUCAACAUAUCCACUGUUGAAUCUAUGGACGCAGAGUUUCAGAACAUUAUUGAUGGCCUGACGGCACGUAACUAUACACCCGAUGCGUACAUCACCAUAUCCGAAUAUAUCUUCAAUAUCAUUGAUACGAGAAAACAAAAGGGAUAUAUGAGCAAAGACAAGGUGUUGUAUACAUCAGGCACUUUAUUUAGUCAAGUGCAAGCAUUUUUGGAAGGCAGAAUAAGAGCACUCUGGUACAUGGACAUGUUCUCCAUUGGUUUCAUGUCGAUGAUGAACAUUCUACUUGCCAACGUCAUUCGUCCGCAUCCCUGGGCGAAGACGAUCAUCACACCUCAACGCAUCAAGGAAAUUUGUCCUCCCGGUACAUUUUACAAUCAACUAGCUUCCAGCUACUUUUGCUUGGACGAAAGCAGUCAUACACGAUUAGCUCUUCAAUGCACUCCAUGUCCAAACAACACUUAUACGCCACUAUCCAAUCAAAUGGCAUGCAGGGCCUGCGAUUAUGGAACCUAUUCGCCGGCAGGGUCUUCGUUUUGUACGAAAUGUUCGUCGAAUAACAGUCAGAAUAGCCCCAACUGCGCAGCGUAUGUGGUUGAGCAAUCGGAAGCUCACCGAAGAGUAUACAUGGCAAUUUUUCUUCCUUUGGGCUUAUUGUUAUUUCUCUCUUUGCUUGGUUUUCUUGUCUGGAAAGUUAUCAACCAAUGGAAACGGCGUCGUCGUCUUGAAGAUGAGACCUGGUUACUAUCCUAUCAUGACUUGGUGCGUCCUUCGUUAAAGCAUAUAACGAGUACUUCUUCAUGGUCCCGUCGCGAUGCUCAGCAUGUCCACAAAGCAAUAAUGUCGGAUGAAGCUAUUGAUCGGGCUAAUAGCUCUCGCGAGUGGUCGCCGCAACCAGAUUACCGUAUCGCCUCGGAACCCGAGUUGUCCCUGAAGGCCGACGCUCCAAAGAUGUCAAAUUAUUCGUCGAAAUUCCACGAAAAGGUGUGUGAAUCAAUUCACGCAGUAGGGUUACAGCUUGCUCCCCAGUUCAAGUUUUCUACCACUGAUGAUUACUUUUGGUUAGGGAUGGCUUUUUUACAUCGGUCCAAGUUUCUAUAUCACGGCUGCCUAACUUCAAAGACAUGUAUGAUCUCUGGCAAAUGGGAGUUAAAGAUUACCGAUUACGGAUUGAAAAAGGUGCGCCACUCGCAGCUCGACCCGCUGAUACAGUUAUCGCUACACAAAAACUACCAUCAAUCUUCGGUACAAUCCAACGGCGCAUCUGCCACUGAACAGUCGGAGGCACAAGCGUUACCAAAUCACGAAAAGCUUCUAUGGAUUGCUCCAGAAUCCGUAACGUACUCGCCGUUGGAUGUAUACUUGACGCACCCCAGCAAAGCAGCAGACGUAUACAGUGCCGGCAUUAUUAUCAACGAAAUACUGACCAGAGAAACGCCUUAUCACGAACUAACUGAGCAAGGACUUUCUCCUGAAGUCAUCUUUGAGCAUAUUCGCGAUAAAGGCUUGAGACCUACAAUGCAAUUACCAAUGCAGGACGAAUAUUCGGACGAUGUGAAUGCUGUCAUCCUUGACUGUUUACAAGUCGACCCAAGCUUAAGGCCGACGUUUUCUGGCAUUGGGCUUGAAAAAUACGCAAAUGACAUGGAAAAUCUAGUACGAAAACGGACUGCCAAUUUGCAGCAGCGCACGUUGGAAUUGGAAGAGGAAAGAGCCCGAACCCAGACCCUUCUCAAAGAUCUCAAAGCCGCUAAAGAAGUGGCCGAGGCAGCGGCAGCUUCGAAGCAAAAUUUUUUAGCCAAUAUGUCUCAUGAAAUACGCACGCCAUUGAAUGCGGUCAUUGGCAUGUCGCGUAUGCUCAUGGAGAGCGACCUUUCUCCAGACCUUUACGAAUGUGCUGAAACCAUCGAAUCAUCAGGAAAUCAUUUAAUGGCUCUCAUUGAUGAUAUUCUGGAUUUCUCAAAAAUCGAAUCGGGAAAACUCAGCUUAGAGCGCAGCAAACUUGAUAUGACUUUUGUUGUUGAAAGUGCCAUGAAACUGGUAUCGUCUAAUUUCCUUACGAAAGGGCUGAUUCUAUGGUAUACCAUCGAAGCAGACGUACCCAUCCACGUAUAUGGCGACCUUGUACGGCUUCGACAGAUCUUACUUAACUUGUUAUCCAAUGCUUUCAAGUUCACCGCCAAAGGAUUUGUAUCUGUUCAUGUACAAGUUAAUGAUACAUGCCGUAUCUCCGAGGAUUGUCAGUCAUGCUUCAGUAAUGACGAAGAAUACCAGCAGAGCGCAGCAGAUGCAGAUGCUGCAAAGAACGACUCUCGGAGAAUGCUAGAUUUUUUAUUCUCUGUCCAAGACACGGGCAUCGGUAUUCCCGAAAGUAAGGUCCGUAAACUGUUCAAGUCCUUCUCGCAAGUGGAUGCGUCGACAACGCGUAACUUUGGUGGUACCGGCCUUGGACUAGCUAUCAGCCGAAAAUUGUGCAGAUUGAUGGAAGGUGACAUGUGGGUCAAAUCAAAGUAUAAUGAAGGUUCAACCUUUUACUUUCGCGUAAGGCUAGAAACACAAGAAGGGACUCAGAAUUACGGAGAGCAAAAUAAGUUGCAGGCACUGUCAAGUCAUUAUGUGCAAGCAAUGAUUAUUGCUGAAAACCCGUUACUGCGAACGGCGUGGAUCAAAUUGUUAUCAAAUCUAGGAUUCCCUCAAGUCCGUGCCAUGGGCUUUGAAGAAGUUACCCGCUGGUUUGCACAACAACGACAACAAAAGGACAAAGCCAACAUCACCAUUCUGAUUAUUGAUAUGGAUAUGGAAGAUAUCCAGGUUUCCAAUAUGCGACUACAGAAAAGCGAAGACGUACUCACUUAUUUGCGAAACACUGUUGGAUUGGCGAGCAACGUCAUUUGUGUCAAGGAUAUUAGAUAUCGUACGGCGCAUCAGUUGACAGCCAAAGAGCAUGACACUACGAUGUUGCAAUGCACGCGACAGGUUGACCAACCGCUGUGUACCCCUCAAGAAGAAAAGUCCGAUCCGUUUAACGAUACCGGGAACUCCAGGACAGCCUAUCUAACGAAACCGUUGAAAAAUUCCAGCUUGAUAACCACACUUCAUCAGCUGAUGUCCCCUACGACCUUUGAAACCACCACUCGCUUAUCUAGGCAGACGACGUCAGUCAACUCACGCACAAAGCGGAGCAAUAUGUCAUUGUCUGCGGUUAACCGUCAAGGAAAUUUGAAUGGCAGCACAAGCUCGUUCUCGGAAGAUUUGUCCAAAGUAAAGGCGCUGCUCGUGGACGAUAAUCCAGUCAAUCAAAAAGUGCUUUCACGAAUGCUAAGCCGAAUGAACCUUUCACCAUUGAUAGCCAACAAUGGAAAACAGGCGUUUGAAAUUAUCCAGCAAGCCCAUCAGGAAAAUAACCCUGUUCAGCUCGUUUUCAUGGACAUCUGGAUGCCGGAAAUGAAUGGAAUUGAAGCAACCAUAAAGAUCCGGCAAGAGUUAUCAGGAUCACCAACACAGCCUUAUAUUAUUGCCAUGACCGCCUGCGUCAUGGCGGGAGAUCGUGAAAAGUGUUUCGCGGCAGGAAUGAACGGUUAUGUCAGUAAACCGGUUCGAAAAGAGGAGCUCGAAGCAGCAAUUCAUGUCUAUAAUCAAACGGCAGACAGUUCUUCGGGGUCUGAGACAACACUGAAGGGUCGUUCAUAA